AUGAGUCGGAGCUGUUGCAUAAGGAAUGAAAUAUAUACGGCCGGAUCGAAAAUCCAGGGCGCUGCACAAGCACUACAGACAUUGAGCUCACAAAAAAAUGGUACCAAGCAGGUUUCUUCAGCGGUAGUGACCUUCGUGGGAGUCGAUAAGGCUUUUGACCCGCUUCGUCCAGGGGAAGGUUAUGUUAGCCCGGGAAAGAGGACAGUUCAGACCCUGGAGCUGCUCCUAUCGCCGAUGGGCGGCGUCAAGGGGCAAUGUGAAGUCACUGUCACUAAAGACAUUGUAAAAUGGGACUACGGUCGUUAUCAAAAUCUUGAGGCAGAGGAAAUUAGAAGCUUGAAAAGGCCUAAAUAUAGAGCGAUGGUUGAAUACCUGGGGGUGGAUAUGAGGGCGGGGAGUAUACCGCUCGUUUUAGUGUUGUUAACUUGUCAAAUGCUGGCUCUUUCUCAUUAUGACACCCAUAAAUGCAAAAAGGAGAUUAUCAAGCGACUAGGGAGAAGCUUUGUCUAA